CUGAUCACCACAAUACCGCCCGCGGCGCGCCGAAUGCGCGCUUCCAGCUUCCCUUAGGUAGAUGUUAGCGCGGCCUGCUUCUUUGAAUGCUGCGUUGAACUUGUGGCGGAGGCGCAAAACAUGGCCGGGAUGUAAUGAAGCUGAGAAAAGUGGACACUGGACUAAGACUUAUAUAGUGGCAUUUCUAAAAGUUAGAAAAGCCCUAUCGAGCAAUCGUGAGCUGCAACCAUUCUGUCCAACGCUAAUCUGAAGACACCACUGCAAGUUCAACCACAGACUGGACAGAAACUGAGCAGGGGAUGGCCUGGCGCCAUGCGGUCAUUCAUUUAUGCAUCACGCGACUUUCUGAGAGCCCUUGAUGCCCUGAACCAAGCCAAAGAGAAAGCAAAACGGCCUAUCAGGUUGUGCCUUGCCAUACUCUUUGCCCUGGAGGACAGCUUCGGAGGUACGAAAUAUGCUCGGCUAACAAGCAGUGACACUCGCUUAAUCAAGGAAUAUAAGAAGAGGAGCCAAAACCGAGGGACACAUUGAAUCAGGCCGAUAAAAUUCAACCAGGAGGCUUAUCAGUGGUUCGGUAAAGAAGGAAAGUCUGGCCUAUUUGGUGGUAGUCACGCACUGCAGCCUGGAUCAGAUCCUCUUCAGGUAGAUAUCCCCUGGUCAGUAGUAUUCCGAGCAGCUCCUCCCAAUCCGCCGAGGUUGCGAAUGAGAAGCAGAUAGACCCCAGCCUUGCAGUCAGCUUUUAGUGCCUGCGGGGCAGCGGCAUGCAAGCAGCAAGCGCGUGCGCAGUGGCGCCGUACAGGUCGCUUCUUCAGAAGGCUUUCCUGUGUCUGGUGGCGCUAGCAUGGGCGUUUGAGGGGGCGAGUGGCUGUGCUGUCAGCAGGCUGCUGGGCUCUGGUCAGGCAUCGGGCUUCCACACACUCGGCUCUAUUUUCGAGUGGCGCUCUCGCGGGGGCGCACUCCAGCUGGGGAAUCCAGGGAGCGGCAGCAGCGGCUGGCGCCUCGCCGACCCCUCGCCCCUCUGCCCCCUCCUCUCAACAGCCCUCUCAGCUAAGCCUCCGGAAUGUGUGGAUUCGACCAAGUCGCGGGAAACACGACAAUACACGGAGAAGACGCAGUGCGAAGCGGCGAAGUCAAAUGAAAGUUGCGCGUGGGAGAGCGACGGUCCUGGGGGGCAGUUUUUGGCUGCAGAUUGGCCCCCGCUGAAGUCAGUGAUCGUCCUGCCGGCCCCGCUGGAUCCGGUUUUGCAAACCGCGCUUUCUGCCAGAGUCAACCUCCGCUGCCCCGACGGUUCGAUAGGAGAACCCUCGAACGAAGAAAGAAAGCCGUCGCACAUUGGACUGUACUUCCACCGCACACCGGAUCUAGCUGAAACCUCGUACGAGGGGAGCGCAGAUGAAGGCAUAAGCGGAGCCGUCUCGGGGGAAUGGACGGUCGGGGGAAUGUCCCGGGAGCUACAGGGCUCGGGGGCGCAUCGCCAGUUGUUAACGAGACUGGUCCUUUCGCCGAGGCGGAGUUCGAGCGGGGGGCAAUCGGUGCGAUUCGUGGCUUUGGUGGAGGCGCUGCCGACCGGAGUGUAUGCGGACAAGUUUGAGGUUCGAAGGCUGGCGUCGGAUGGAGCCGCUUCCGUCGCCUCGAUUUUUGGCCCGGUGGACAUCGAGCGCCCCGCCCCAGAGUGCACCCAGUCGCUCGCCAUUGCUUACGCGCGCCCGGUGGAGCUGCCCGGGGGCGGCUUCGAGGCGACGUUCGUGCUUCCUCUGCACUCACGCUAUCCGGCUGUCGCCCCUAUUCAGUAUAACGGAGCUGGAUCACAAUCAAGUCCCCAGUUCACUGCGGUUGAUAUUGGGCCCCCUCUCUACGUCCUCUGGACAGAGGGCCAGGGGCUUUCCACCGAGGAGGACCUGCGGAUGCACACCGAAUGGCGACGUGCCACGUGGCAGGGGAUCACGGACAGAGAUACCGUGGUUCAAUGGCGGGUCCCCAACGGAAAAGCGGAGCAUGCAGAUAUAGUGCGGGUCGGUACGGUGUUGGUGUGCUUAGCUGGCACCGUGUACUUGCUGUCAGUUGUUAUGUUGAAGAAGCGAGAACCACGAAUCGUAGGGUAACUCCAGUUACAUAGCGCCGAUCCGUUACCUGUCGCGUGUUCCUGAUCAUCAUGUACCUCGCAGUGUCCUACUUACAAGCAUUAAGCAGUGUAGCUUUGUGCACGUCUCAUGUCAUGCA